UCCUUUCUCAUAUGGAUGGAUGGAUGGAUACACUACUGUAUAUCGAAGAAAGUUGCUUUCUUUCUCGGAUGGAUGGAUGGAUGGAUGGAUGGAUCAGGUUCAGCAGAUAGGAACAAAGAAGCUGUAGGGAUGAUGGCCCUUCACGAGGCACUUAGAACCGCGAGUGAGGGGGGUAAUGGUUGCAAGGUCGGGGAUGAAAACGGCAGCUUGAUGCUGAUGUGGGAAGAUGGAUUUUGCCGAGGAAGAGUGACUGAUUAUCUAGAAGAGAUCGAUGGAGAAGAUCCAGUGAAGAAAGCUUUCAGCAAAUUAUCCAUUCAGUUAUAUAAUUAUGUAGAAGGGUUAAUGGGGAAAGUUGCAUCAGAUAAGUGCCAUAAAUGGGUGUUCAAAGAACCAACAGAAUUUGAGCCCAAUGUAUCCAAUUAUUGGCAGAGUUCUUUUGAUGCUCUCCCCCCUGAAUGGACUGAUCAAUUUGACUCUGGGAUUCAGACAAUUGCUGUUAUUCAAGCUGGCCAAGGUCUUCUCCAGUUGGGUUCUUGCAAGAUCAUACGUGAAGAUCUCCAUUUUGUGCUAAGAAUGAGGCAUACCUUUGAAUCACUUGGCUAUCAAUCCGGUUUCUCUCUCUCUCAGAUGUUUUCGUCGAACAGAAAUGGUUCACUGUCGUCUACGGUUCCUUCAAAGCAUUCUGCCAUUCCGACCUGGCCUCCACAGCCUUCAGUAUUUGGCUGGAACCAGAGGCCGAUUCCACCGGCAGCUCCGAUGGAUACUUCAUCUAAUUAUCAGAACCCAGUUAGACUCGGAUUUCCACAGGCCAAAGAUGAGACCAACACUUUUCUCAUGCCCCAUUCAUCUGAGACAAGAAUGGAAGAUAUGAUGAAUGAACACAAAAAUGACAUCAAAUGGCCUAAUGGCUUGACUUUCUUCAACGCUCUCACCGGAUGAGGCGAAGACACCAACCUUUCAGUUAACCCGGAGAGCUUAGGGUCCAAACCGGGCACAGACUGCCAUCCCUUUAUCGUUGAGGGAAAAGAUUCUAAUCGGAACCCGGAUGCCAGUGCGAACCCUACCGAGUUCUUGAGCUUGGAUAGCCGUACGGAGAAUAUAAGGAAGAUGGAAAACAAGUUUAAGAGGAGCUUUACAUUACCUGCAAGAAUGGCCGCGUCUUCAUCUUGGACAUUGUUGGAUCAUCGUCAGCAUCAACCGGCAGAGUUUCGAAACUCCGACGCAGGGAUGUAUGCUGCUGCAAUGGAUACCUUCUUGAAAUGAAGGGUUUGUAUUAGAGGGACGAUAGGGUAAGCUUUUGUAUUUACGCUAAAGGAUUUGUCAUUAGUUGCUGAACUCCUUUGUUUUCUUU